CCUCAUCACCCGUAUCCAGUUCGCCUUUAUGAGAAUGACUCCAAAGGCGAUAAGGCGUAGUUCUGGGAGCCCUACAUGGAAGCAAGAACGUUUUAGGCCCCGCUGUACCAAUAAUUACGGGAACUAAGCAAUACUAAUAUAUGCUUAAUGAGAGUUCCCGGCUCUACGGAAGCUUAGCUCUUUAACAAGCUAUAUACAUGCUUGAACUGAACUUCCAGGGAACUGCAGCAACUCGUUGGUGACAUUAUUCUCAUUUCUAUACACCAGGCCGUAUUACAUUGUGGUUUCUACUUCAACGUCUCUUUGCCGCUCUUUUCAUCUAUAUUGUUCUUCGAGGACCACGUCAAGCUCCGUCAGACGUCAUGGGGGUAAUCCACGACCCCCCUGACCAUAAACAUAACAACAGCCACAUUCUCUCCGCCAAUCUUGCCCUUCACAGUAGUAUCUCUCCGUUGAUCCCCUACUCAGGCCUCAUUCUCACCGUCGCUCUCGUUAUCAUCUUUAUAUUCAGAUACAUUUUUGAACUCUUUCUUCUUACUAGGAUAUAUGGCAAAACAUACCUCAGUCUUAAUGAGGUCAACAGACGCGGCUUCAUAAACCAUCACAUCGCUGGAAUUGCGAAGAUUACCAUGCUCGUAACUGGUGCAUAUCCUCUUUUCCUCGUGUUCUUCGAAGGCGCGACGCUACAUCAUAAAUUUGGGCAUUCGAAUACGGUAACCUUAGGAGAUAUUUUCAUUGUGCUCAACCAUCUCUUCUGCGCCAUGUAUAUCUUUGAGCUUUUCUUCCGAGCUAAACUAUCUCCUGUGGCCAUCAUGCAUCAUAUAGGCGCCAUCGUCAUUGCGCAGUCCGCGAUUGCAGUUACCGUUGCGACGGAGCAUGCCCAGGAUGGAGUGUUGGACUUCCUACUUUGCAUCAUUUGGGGUAUAUUUGAUGUCAUCGCAGAGUUCUGGCCACAUGUUGCUAUCAUCCUGUAUCGCUGCCACCCUACGAAGCACGAGUUCCUGGCUAAAGUAUUCGCAUCGGCUUGUAUAACAACAUUUGCCGGGACCGUAAUCGAGACUGUGGUUGUGAUGUGGUUAUUUGGGUCACUGUGGUAUAGAUGGACGUUGGUGUUCAAAAUCGUCACUCCGAUUUUGCAUUGUGUUUUUAGCGCCGCGCAGCUUUGGGGUGCAUGGAACUUCCGGAGCAUGUGGUUGAGACAAAGGCGCUUUAUUGAGGAGGAACGGGUCAAGGAGAGUGGCAUGGAUCUUAGGGAAGAGGGGCGUAUGGUUGCGGAGAAUACGCGUUCAGGAGUAUGAGGCGCCUAGUCUGAGAACGAAUACAUAUUGGAGAAAAGACUUGACAAAGAACAGGGGAUGCCAAGAACAAUUUGACAUAGCGCUGCAGGCGAGGGACUCGUGCACUACAUCUUCUGUCUGAUAUCGCCAUCACCAAAACCUCCCAUAUCUUAGGGAGUGCUUUGGGAACGAGAACUAUGCAGUGAUCUACAAGC